CGACUGCGGGGUGAUUUGUAAAAUAAAAGGACAAUUGUAAAAACGUGUACUGUGCUACUAUAUGUUGACCAAUUCCGAAUUUUAUUUUGAAACCCGCUUGUUUUUACCGUAAUGUUGCAAUACACUGUGACGACAGCGCUCUCUCGACCAGUGUAGUCACAGAUCAACGACCACCCUGAGACAGCUUGACGUCGGCGGUGGUUGACAGGCAGUCAGACUGAGACAACCCGGUGAUUUCAACAUGCUACCUGACAAAGAGGACGCAGGUGUCGGAGGUGGUCCAACGUCACCCGACGUUGAGGACCCUUCCGUGGGCUUGUUCAGAGAGUACCUCCGGCUCAGGACGGUUCACCCACAGCCAGACUACGUUGCUGCUCUCAGAUUCCUUGACAGAAUGGCAGCGGAGCUCGGCCUACCUAUGAAAAAGAUUGAGGUGUGUCUGGGCAGUGUCGUGUCCAUCAUGACCUGGCAAGGGACAAACCCCAAUUUGAAAUCUGUUUUGCUCAACUCCCACACAGACGUUGUUCCCGUUUACCAGGAACACUGGAAAUACGAUGCCUUCAGCGCUUUCAAAGACGAAGAGGGCAACAUUUAUGGCCGCGGAUCACAGGACAUGAAAUGUGUGACAAUACAGUACAUCCAGGCUGUAAGACGGCUGAAGGCUGAGGGGAGGAAAAUGCUGCGCACGGUGCACUUAAUGUUUGUUCCUGAUGAAGAGGUUGGAGGUCAUAAAGGUAUGGAGACAUUUGUGGCGCAUCCAGAGUUCCAGAAAUUAAACAUUGGCUUUGCCUUGGAUGAAGGUCUGGCCAACCCCAAGAAUGCCUUCACUGUCUUUUAUGGAGAAAGAAAUCCCUGGUGGAUAACUAUCCACUGUCCAGGCAGUCCCGGCCAUGGCUCUAGGUUUGUGGAGAACACAGCUGCCGAGAAGUUGCGCCAGGUGAUCAACUCUUUUCUGGAUUUCAGAGAGAUGGAAAAACACAGGCUAAAUACCAGCCAGUGUUUCACGCUGGGUGAUGUCACCACAGUAAACAUGACCAUGGUCAAAGGGGGUGUCGCCUACAAUGUCAUCCCGGCGGAAAUGGACGUUAGCUUUGACUUGAGGAUCCCACCAACAGUAAAUCUACAGGAGUUCGAGAAGGUGAUCCAGCGUUGGUGUAAAGAAGCAGGCGAUGAUGUCACUUAUGAUUUUGCUCAGAAACACAUGAACCAGAACAUGACGUCCACAAAGGAGAGUGACCCCUGGUGGAGUGCCUUCAGUCAAGCCUGCAGAGAAUUGGAGAUAACGUUAGAGAAGGAGAUAUUUCCAGCUGCAACGGACAGUCGUUUCAUCCGAGCUGUGGGCAUCCCAGCCAUUGGCUUCUCCCCGAUGAACCAGACGCCAAUCCUGCUGCACGACCACAACGAGUAUUUGAACGAGCGCGUCUUCCUGAAAGGCAUCGACGUGUACACAAAACUCAUUCCAGCUCUGGCCAACGUAGCCGCCACUCCAGAUGAGGCCUAAGUGUUCAUUGAUCAUGAUUACCAAAGAACGUAUGUAUGAAGCCUUUGGCAAAGUUGAUUGUGUUCUUAAGUCUCAGGUUGUAUGUGCAGUGAGUCCAAUCAUCUCGCUUUGAAAACUGUCAAUGACGUACGUAUGUGUACAUAGUCUUAAAAGGCUCUAUUCUAAUGAUGAGCUUGUUGGAUUGUAGCUAAAACUCAUUUCAAUCUGAUGUGAAAAUUGACUCUUUUUAAAUUAGCUUUUCACAAUGUUGAAAAUAUCGAUUCAAUAAAUAUAUUUGUUUACUA